ACCCCAUCGCACCUGCCUGCCUCCCUCGACGCCUCCUCGACGUGCUUGGCACAGCAGCACCCCCACCCCCAACUCCCUCUCUCUCUUCCACACCAUCGCCAACUAAUGCCCCACCAACACCUAAACCUCACCGAAAGCGAAACGAACAACACCGCGUCCGCCGCCGCCGCGCCAGAGUCCGAGCCCAUGACCCCCGCGCCCGUCGUCCACCACGCCGUCGUCGGCGUCGUGCCCCCCUCCGAGGCCUCGGAAGUGGGGUACGAUGCCGCGCCGGUCUCACAGCCCCACCCCAAGGCGCGCGCAAAGCGCACCCGCAAGAUUGCCGUCCUCACCUCGGGCGGCGACUCGGCCGGCAUGAACGCCGCGGUCCGCGCCGUCGUCCGCCAGGGAAUCGCUCGCGGUUGCGAGACCUACAUCAUCCGCGAGGGCUGGGAGGGCCUCGUGCGCGGCAACGCGACUGAGCCGACGCCUGCCGUCUCGCGUCGCCCGUCAGCGGCGCCCUCGCCGGCCUUUGGGCCCAAGAGCGUCGGCUUUGCCGGGCUCUCGGCGCUCGACCUUGGCGCGCGCGCGCACCCUGCACCUUCGGCGCCCGAGAGCCACACUGCGGCCGACCCCAAGGCGAUCGCGCCGCUGUCCGACGCGCCGCUGAGCUUUGGCUACGGCGGCCUGCUGCGCGACGGCGCGGGCGAGGGCGACCCCGACGAGGUGGCGGCCGCUUUUGCCGGCCACGAGACGAUCGACACCGAGGAGGACGACGGGGGAAAGACGCUCAAGGGGAGAUAUAUCGUCCGUGUUGGCUGGGACGACGUGCGCGGUUGGCUCGGCGAGGGCGGAACGCUUAUCGGCUCGUCGAGGUGUCCUUCGUUCCGCACCCGCGAGGGCCGCCUCAAGGCCGCGCACAACCUCAUCCGCUACGGCAUCGACUGUCUCGCUGUGUGCGGCGGUGACGGCUCGCUCACCGGCGCCGACAAGCUGCGCGGCGAGUGGCCGUCGCUCCUGGCCGAGCUGCACUCGAACGGCGAUAUCGACGACGAGCAGCUCGAGGCCUACCGCUACCUCAACAUUGUCGGCCUCGUCGGCUCGAUCGACAACGACAUGUCGAUGACCGACCUGACGAUUGGCGCCGACACGGCGCUGCACCGUAUCUGCGAGGCGGUCGACUCGAUCUCGUCUACCGCGUCGUCGCACUCGCGCGCGUUCGUCAUCGAGGUCAUGGGCCGCCACUGCGGCUGGCUCGCGCUCAUGGCCGGCGUGGCGACCGGCGCAGACUUCAUCUUUAUUCCUGAGCACCCGCCCACCAGCGAUAACUGGGAGAAGGAGAUGUGCGACGUGCUCCACCAGCACCGCCGCAUUGGCAAGCGCAAGAGCAUUGUCAUUGUUGCCGAGGGUGCGCUUGACCGCAACCUCAAGCCUAUCAAGGCCGACCACGUCAAGCAGGUGCUUGUCGAGCAGCUUGGCCUCGACACGCGUGUCACGACGCUCGGCCACACUCAGCGUGGUGGCACGCCGUCCGCGUUCGACCGUAUUCUCCCCACCCUCCAGGGUGUCAAGGCCGUCGAGGCCCUCCUCGAAGCCACUCCCGAGACGCCGUCGUACAUGAUCGGCAUUCAGGAGAACAAGAUCACCAAGGUGCCCCUCCUCGAGGCCGUUGCCAAGACUCAGGCGGUCGCCGCCGCUAUCGAGUCGCAGGACUUUGCCCUCGCCAUGUCGUACCGUGACUCCGAGUUCCGCGACAUGCUCGAGGCGUUCCAGGUCAGCUCGUCGCUCAAGACGACCGACCACCUCCCGGAGAACCAGCGCCUGCGUGUCGGUAUCAUCCACGUCGGCGCCCCUGCGGGCGGCAUGAACGCUGCCACGCGCCAGGCCGUGCGCUACUGCCACAACCGCGGGCACGUGCCCGUUGCCAUCUACAACGGCUUUGACGGUCUCCUCGAGGACAAUGUCGCCGAGCUGUCGUGGCUCCGCGUCGACAACUGGAACACUCGUGGUGGUUCCGAGCUGGGCACCAACCGUACCCUCCCCACGAUUGACCUCGGUGGCGUCGCGGCCGCGCUCCAGCGCCACGCGAUCGACGCGCUGCUUCUUAUCGGUGGCUUUGAGGCGUACAGCUCUAUCCUCAGCCUCGACACCGCGCGCAAGGACUACCCCUCGCUCCACAUCCCCAUGAUCCACCUCCCCGCCACGCUGUCUAACAACGUCCCGCUCACCGACUUCUCCCUCGGCUCGGACACGUCGCUCAACGCGCUCGUGCUCGCUUGCGACGCCAUCAAGCAGAGUGCCUCGGCGUCGCGAAACCGCGUGUUUGUCGUCGAGACACAGGGUGGUAUGAGCGGCUACAUUGCCACGCUUGGCGCGCUGGCUGUCGGUGCCGUGCUCCUCUACACGCCCGAGGAGGGUGUCUCGCUCCGCCGCCUGCUGGACGACGUCGACUUCCUCAAGGAGCGUUAUGCGCUCGACGAGCGCGGCAAGUCGGAGGGCCGUCUGGUUAUCAAGUCGGAGAAGGCGUCAAGCGUGUACACGACCGAGUUUAUCACCAAGAUCUUCAAGGAGGAGGGACAGGAGCUGUUCGACGCGCGCUCGGCCCAGCUCGGCCACACGCUGCAGGGCGGUGUUCCCUCGCCCCUCGACCGAUGCCGUGCUGCUCGUCUCUCGCUGCUCUCGAUGCAGUUCCUCGAGAAGCACGCCCACCCCAACUCGCAGGCGUUCCACGGGCGCCGCAAACCCGGAUCUGACGCCGCCCCCGAGACGGCGGUCAUGAUCGCCAUCCAGCGCUCCAAGAUUGUGUUCGCGUCCAUGGACAAUGUGCAGCGCCACUCGGACAUGCGCCUGCGCCGUGGCACCGACGUGUGGUGGAGCGGCAUCAAGCACCUCGCCGAGGUUAUGGGCGGCCGUGCGGGCCUCGUGCAGGACAGCCAUGGGCAGCGUUUCUCGCGCAUGUAAGGCGGUGUGCUGCGGACUCGAAGGCAGAUAGACGCCAUAGACGAACGGUUACGAGUCAGAAGGCGCGGGGGCGCGGCGUAAUUUUGCUAGGGAUGCAUAGACUGUUCACAACAA